GCGAUGCCUAUUCAGAAGCUUCCGUGGGAAGAGGGCCGUUCAGGAGCGGACCACCUUAAAUACACCGGGUGACCUCUGACUGAACUUGACUUCUGACUCAUUAGCAGGAACGGGGCGGAGCGCCGCGCCGCGCCGCGCAGGGUCCGGGUCGGCCGAAGUCAACGGGCUGGGCGACGACGACGACGGCAGAAACAAACAAUAUACGAAUCUGUUUCUUCGAAGACGACCCCCCCCCUCUGGACACACGAACAGCUGAUUUAGGAUAGCCGUUUCCGCGAAGGCGGGGUAUAUUUAGAAUAGAUAUUUACUCCCUUGAUCGGCACGUCUCAAAACAGCCUCGACGCUCCUAACGUUUAACCAUCGCGGAAGAAGAAGAAUAAGUCUGCGCUCGAGGUACGGAUGAUGAGAGCCGGGGUGAGUGCCAAGAUGUCCGGUCAACUUGGGAACUUGAGGCGCAGGAAGAGCGGCUCCAACGUGAGAGAUCCCACCAAGGCGUCUAGUAUAGGGAGGCGAUGCAUCACAAGACAGAAGACGAGAAAGACCGAUCCAGCCGCAGGCAGACAAAAGAGUUGCUCAAAAGCAUGCGGUUUUGGCCAACACGCCAGCCCUUUGGAGAGGAAUUCCCGAUUCGGCUGCGAAGGUCACCAGUUGCCGCACAGACUGCGCUGCGCGGCAUCGCCACAGCUCGAAGAGGAGGAGGAGGAGGAGGAGGGCAAGGAAAACGACAUGAGGGUGAGGUUGGAGUCCGAUGGCCUCAGCAUGGACUGCUUCCUGGAGAAACAGGAGGACGAGGACGUGGGUGGCGGAGUCGAUGUCAAAAGCAUCUUCCCAGAUGACGACAGCAACCAGAUUCUCCCAGUGGAGCAGUUCUUUGGAAACUUGGACAUUGUACAGGACUGUCCACAGAGAUCAACGGCAGUGUCCACCUUGGGUCAGAGGCGGCACAGGAGGCGCCAUUACUAUGCCAGAGAAGACAGCGACGAGGAGAAAGUGGGCUAUACGGCCAUGCAACAAGACGACAGUGAGGGCAGUUAGUAUGUAAGAACUUCAGAUGGAUAUCUGGAACUCAUGCCCGUGGAGGGGCAUAAAACCCAUUUACUGCUUUGGCAAGAUAAGCCAAAUAAAACUGGCAAAAGCUAGAUGGACAGAAGUAUGUGCCAAGUUGUUCUCCAUUCAUUUAAGCAUCAUUGGGCCUUGUACACAAGCAUUUUCGUAUUUCAUUCAAGCAAACAGGCAGCUGUCAGUUUUUAUAGAGGCAACAUUAAUUGGAUGAAUAUGCCCUACUGACUAUGUAGCUUAGAAUUCGUCCAUAUAAACCACCUCAGGUUCAGUCUUAACUCAUCUUAACUUGAACAGUUUACAUCAUGCAGCAACCUGAUCUCCCCAUGUUUUGUCGAACUAGUUUUGCGAUGGGCCGGCACUGUGGUGUGGAAUGGGUGGUUCCUCCCCUGGACCGAGAAACGAGCUUAUAUCUGCUCUUGAAUAUUUUAUCAGAUAAAUGUUGAUGUAAUAUCUAUUUUGAUUGUACUACACUGUAGAUAAUGAUUUGCUCACUUACAAAGAUGAGCAACCUUUUUUUGUAAAUUAGAAGUAUUUAUGGGAGCUCGAGAUGAGAAACGUUGCAAAAUAAAUCUUGUCUUAUGGCACAUUGGUUCCAUUAGAUAAUUGAACCAUUUAAAAUCUUUUACUGAGAAAAUUGUUAGUUUGCGGAGGCCAACCUCAUAAUAUUCUUAGAGAUUUCAGGUUUAAAUGCCAUUUUACCGACUUUGCUUCGUAAAACCCCAAGACAAGUUACGCAUUAGACGUGAUGUGAAAACUGACUUUUUCUUUGACCUUGUUAGCUAAUUUUCCCUCGAUAUAUGCACCUAUUCAAAAACUUGUGCUGACCCCCCCACACACACACACACAAAUUGGUUUUUAUAGUUUACAUCAAACUCUAAUCCCCUUAACUCCCUGUAAAACCGUCAAGUUGUCGUGAUUGCGUUAACAAGUCUGAAUGGUGAUGCGAGCGAGUAACAUUCCAACUAAUAAUACAGUGAAAUGUUUUCCCUUCCAGUAUUAUUAAACCUGCAAGGGCCAACAUUUCAUGAUCCACUCAAAUCACCCCCCCACCCCCAUUUUGUCCCACCCCAAUAUCCUGUUUUGGUUGGAAAUCUGUCACAUUACAGAAACAAGAUGAACUCCGGAUGCUGUGUCUGGUCGUCUUUCAGUGCGUAAUGCAAAAAUCCACACUUUUGAGAAAAGUGGCAUAUGAAGCUGAAUAUUUAAUAUUUUAGCUCAAAAAUGUAGUAUAAAACCUGCGGGGUUGGGUUGUGCGUAUACGCCAAAGAAAAGUUACAAGACGAGAGCUUUGAAUAUCAGAAUGUAUUCCAAAAAUGCACAUUUUAAUAUCAACUAUGUGUAAACUCAGUUCCUACUGAGGCUUUUUUUUUCCAUGUUCCCCCUCAAUCCAUCUUUUAAGUGUUGAGUUAAGAGGGUCCUGUCAGACUCUUCUAAGGCUAAUACGUCAGCCUUAGUUGUACCUGGCAAGAGGAGCAACUCCGCUUGUCGGAUGACCGCCAUAGCGUUUUGACGUCUGAAGACCCGUCUCAUGUGCUUGUGUCCAUUUGAGCUACUCUGAAAAUGUUUUGUAUGCCUUUUGUACCGACAUGCAGAACACAAAUGCCAGUGAUUUAAUGAAGUGCAAAGAGAAUAUUUAGGCCUGUCUUAAUUAUAAUGUAUGAAUUAUGGACUGAUGAUUUACGAGCUCUUCGGUGAAUCGCCACUAAAGUAUCUGCCUUUUAUCCAAUGAAAGUUAAAAGAUUGCACUAAGAAUACUCUGUUCAUAUCUGCAGUAGUCUGUUGUAUAUUUUGAUUGUAUUGACAAUCAAGACGUUGGAUAUGAUUUCCCUGCCUAUUAACAUGCCUUAUUUAUUCAUAGUGCUUUUCAUAUUUUGCUAAGCCGCUGCUUCACUGAAUGUGACACCAUUAGUCAUUGUAGUUGAUCAGUAUGUUUUUAUUACAUUGCCAGUACAAACAAUUCAUGAUUUUAAGGGUUUACUUUUUGAAAACACGAUUUUGACUCAGUAAUUAACGAUUACUCAAUACCAGCCUAUGUUGAAGCUUCAGAGUCGGACUAUAUCGGCAGCUUUUGAAAAGAGGAAUUAUUAACUUUUUGCAGAAGAAUAAGGCUUAUCUGAUAUGCCUUGUCUUUUGAAAGCUUUACCACAGCCAACUCUUAUUUGAAAAAGAGUAUCACUCGUUUUUACAACUGUAUAAAUUAACGACAAUAAGACAAAUUUCUUACAAAAGUGAAAUAAACUGAAUUCAUGAUACA